ACGCCGUGGACAUUGCCUUCACAUUCGCCAAGAGCUACCUGCUUCGUACGUAAGGAUUUUCUAACAUAAACCAUGAUUUUUAUGAUCAGCGCUUAACUUUGUUAUGGGUUAGAAUUUUAGAGUGGAACAUCUUUAAACGCCGUUUUAAUUUCGCGCAAAAUGCAACAAAGGGCACGUUCGUCAUGGCGCCACAGACUUAUAUUCAUGGCAUUGGGAAUGCUGCUUUGGAGAGAGGUAUGCGCGCAAAUACGAUAUUCUCUUUCUGAGGAGCAAAAAGAAGGAUCUGUGGUUGGAAACCUUGCGAAGGAUUUAGGUCUCGAUACCAGAACUUUAAAGGAGAGAGGAUUUCGGAUCGUUUCAACCUCAGGCGACUCGCUGUUCACGGUAAAUCAGAAUGACGGGAUUUUAAGUGUACAUGGGAAAAUAGAUCGCGAGGAGGUGUGCGAGAAAAGCGGCUCGUGUGUCAUCAAUCUAAAAAUCGCACUAGAUAACCCUUUAGAGAUCCACUACGUGUCGAUCGAAAUUGUUGACAUCAAUGAUCAUGCCCCGACCUUCCCGGAAAAAGAAAAGCGGCUGGAAAUAUCGGAAUCAGCCUUACCUGGAGCUCGGUACCAAUUACAGGCUGCGCGGGAUCCCGAUGGCGGAAUGAACUCUGUUCAACAAUAUAAACUCAGUCAUAAUGAUCAUUUCCGCAUAGAGGUUAAAGAUCGCGGAGAAGAUCGCAAAAUGCCCCUCUUAAUUCUUCAAAAGCCUUUGGAUAGAGAAACAAGCCGUAGACACAAGCUAGUCCUCACUGCGCUUGAUGGAGGGCGACCCCCAAAGUCUGGAACAAUGGAUAUAAUAGUUGACGUUUUGGACGUUAAUGACAAUAUGCCAGUUUUCACACAAGAAGUUUACACUGUAAUGCUUCAAGAAAAUGUCCCCGUGGGCACAACUGUUAUACAGGUUAAUGCCACUGACAUGGAUGAUGGUCCAAAUGGAGAAAUGAUUUAUUCGUUUGGUAAGGAUAUAGACAGUAGGCUUACAAAUCUUUUUGAUUUAAACUCCAGGACUGGAGAAAUGACUGUAAUCGGUCAAAUAGAUUUUGAAGAGAUAAAUAACUUUGAAAUAGAUAUCCAAGCAUCAGACAAAGGACCAGUUCCUCUCACAUCAGAUAAGAGUAUAACCAUUAAAAUCAUUGAUGUAAAUGACAAUGUGCCUGAGAUAGAAGUCACAUCAUUUUCAAGUGCAGUGCCUGAAGACUCUAAAAUUGGAACUACAGUGGCUUUAAUCAGCGUCAGUGAUUUGGACUCUGGUGUAAAUGGGAAAGUGUUGUGUUACAUAAUUGAAGAAGUACCUUUCAGGCUAACGCCAUCAUCCCAGGAUAACAUUUACGCACUGGUUACAGCCUCAUCUCUUGAUAGAGAAACUGUGCCUCACUAUGACAUCACAUUAGUAGCCAAAGAUGCUGGGCAGCCACCUUUGUCUUCAUUUAAAACUAUAACUGUGCAGAUAUCGGAUGUAAAUGACAAUAGUCCAGCAUUUUCACUAUCACCCUAUGAUUUUUAUGUGAUGGAAAACAAUAUUCCAGGAAAAUCAUUGUUUUCUGUGUUUGCUUCUGAUUUUGACUCAGAAGAAAAUGCUGUUGUACACUAUAACAUUUGGAGAGACCCUGGAGAUGAAAACAAAUAUGCAUCUUUCAUUAAUGUUAACUCUGAAAAUGGAGAGAUUUAUGCACUAAAAAGCUUUGACUUUGAGUCUGUUAAAAUGUUCCAGUUCCAUGUUCUCGCUACAGACUCUGGAACUCCGUCUCUGAGCAGUAACGUGACAGUGAACGUGUUUAUUCUGGAUCAGAACGACAAUGUUCCAGUGAUCUUAUAUCCAGUCAGCGCUAACGGUUCUGCUGAGGGUGUGGAAGAGAUUCCCCGUAAUGUCAACACAGGUCAUUUGGUGACUAAAGUCAGAGCCUAUGACGCAGAUAUAGGAUACAACGGCUGGUUAUUAUUUUCACUGCAGGAAGUUAGUGACCACAGUCUCUUUGGUUUGGACCGCUACACAGGACAGAUAAGGACCCUUCGCUCGUUCACAGAAACAGACGAGGCCCAGCAUAAACUGAUCAUACUGGUCAAAGACAAUGGGAAUGUUUCUCUCUCAGCAACAGCGACUGUGAUUGUCAAAGUUGUGGAGCCCAAAGAGGCUUUUGCAUCUUCUGAUGUGAAAAACACAGUAAAAGAUGAGGAGGAAAACAACGUGACAUUUUAUUUGAUCAUCACUUUGGGCUCGGUUUCAGUGCUUUUUGUCAUCAGCAUCAUCGUGUUGAUUGUAAUGCAGUGCUCUAAAUCGACAGACUACUCAUCCAAGUAUUUACAGGAUACAAAUUAUGACGGGACUCUGUGUCACAGCAUCCAGUACAGAUCUGGAGACAAACGGUACAUGUUAGUUGGACCCAGAAUGAGUAUCGGCUCUACUAUAGUCCCAGGCAGUAAUGGAAAUACUCUAGUGAUCCCAGAUCGCAGGAGGAGAGGUUCUGGAGAGGUACAAUUUUGA